CACAACCAUCUCAACUUCAGUUCAAAUAAGGAAAAGCCUUAAGAACUUUGCCAGUUUCCUCAGACCAGAUGGAGGAUGGCUCUGCUGGAGUUGAUCUUCAUUUCUGUGCUCCAGUUUGGCGUGGUCAACAGUCAAGAGAAGAUUUAUCGCAUCUUCCAACCUGAACAAAACGCCACCCUGCCCUGUGGCUCUCCGUCAUCCUCUGGACCUCUGCAGUGCUCUGAUAUUUCAUGGCUUUAUAACAGAGAUCCGUCAGAGACCGUUAUGGAGGCAAGCAGUGGGGAGGUGAAGCAGACGUCGUCCCGAGCUGACCGGCUGAGUUUGAACUCCAACUGUUCUUUGGUCAUUAAACGUGUCACUGCUGAGGAUGUUGGUCUCUACACGUGUCGACGGGGUGGUUCUGAUUGUUCUGAAGUAAAUGUGUAUCUCAGUGUUUUUACAGUCUUUCCGACACUGACUCGCUCUGAUCCAUGGAGCCCCAUUGAAGUCAGAUUAGAGUGUUCUCUGCUGAGAUACAGAGGUUUGAGUUCCUGUCAACCAAACAGUCUCCGCUGGGUGAAUGAGACAGGAGCUGUGAUUACUGACGGUGUUACAGAGAGUUCCAGAGAUGCAGACUGUUUCUCUGACCUGAAUGUGGCACGUCAGAGAGUCUACAAUGGGAAAUUCAGCUGCCAGUCUGCUAACGAGGAGAACAAUAAGGAUAUACAGGGUGACUACACACCUUUCCAAACAGGAACUCGGUGUAAGACAACUGCUAAAGCCGACAUCGUGCUGCUGGUGGACGAUUCCGGGAGUAUCUACCCCGAAAACUUCAUAACCCUCCGCUGCUUCAUCGCUGACAUAGUUGGAAUGUUUGACAUCGGCCCUGACAGAAUUCAGAUCGGUCUGACUCAGUACAGUGAUGACCCAAAGACCCAGUGGCACCUGAACGCCCACAGAACCAAGAAAUCCCUGCUGAAUGAUGUUAAUGAGCUGCAGCCAAUAGGAGGCCACAACAACACAGGCUCUGCCACACAUCCUGAGAAAAACUUCAAACCUGAGGUUGGGAUGCGAGAGGACUCACGAAAAAUUGGCAUCCUCUUUACAGAUGGAGACUCCUUCGAUGGCGUUGACAUGCCGUCACAAAAUCUGAGGGAUAACGGCACUGAGCUGUACACCAUCGGUGUGGAUGGUGCUCAUGUGAAUUAUUUGAAGUCCAUCGCCUCUGACCCACAUGACACUCACGUGUACUACGUCAGUGACUUUGAUGAUCUGCGUUACAUCUUCACCAGUCUCACUGACAACCUGUGUGACAGCAUCAAGGGUCCAGAAUCAUUUCUGACUCAAAUGGAGCUCAGCCCCUGA